AUGGACAAUUCCGCUACUGGAAACCAGCCUAGCUUGGAUGCCCAAUUUAGAACGGUCUUAACUAAACGUGCGAUUGCAAAUUUAGUAAAAGAUAGAUUACCAGGACAAAUACAGGAUUUAAACGCGAGGCAAUUCUCUGGCUAUGUUCGAGGUGCUGAUUCAAAUAGAUUACAUUAUAUGUUCUAUGAGUGUGAGUCUAAUCCAAAUGAUGUUUCUUUAAUUUUAUGGAUGAAUGGCGGUCCUGGUUGUAGUUCCAUGGCAGGAUUACUAUUAGAAAUUGGGCCAUUUAGUCUUACCAUAGAUUUUACGUUAACCUUGCGGGAUACCUCAUGGCAUAAAUUUGCUAAUACUAUCUUUUUAGAAUCUCCUGGUGGUACAAGUUAUUCAUAUAAUCAAUAUCAUCAAUAUAAUUUUUCUGACAAUACCGUUACCGAUAGCAAUUAUCUUGCCAUGUUGGACUUUUAUAAGAUUUUUCCACAGUUUAUCAAGAAUUCACUUUAUAUUACUGGCGAAAGCUAUGGCGGAUUUUACGCUCCUCUGCUAGCGAAGCAGUACCAAGUUCGUCAAGCCUUGCACAUACCUUCUGUAGCACCACAAUGGCAGAUUUGUAGUAAUUUUAUCGAUGGAAAAUAUUCUUAUGCAAUACAGUACGAGAGUAUGAACUCUGUUUACAAUUAUAUUUUACCUAAAUUGAGACUGCUGGCGGUUUAUGGUGAUUUAGAUGCAUUAGUAGCAUUUGGUGGAGGCUUAAGAUAUUUUAGCUUCGUAGAGCAGUCAGAGGUAUUUAAAACUAAACAUUUGCUAACCAAUCGCUCUUAA